CCUAACGAGAUUACGGCGGCGCACCCGGCCGCUGCUCCCUGCGGUAAAGACGCACGACCACCUCCCGGACAAAAGACCCCCCCUCUGACUCUCACCUCUCCCUCUCUGGUUAAUGUCGUUAUGCCCCCCUGCUCCACCGCCACGGUUGAACGCGAGGGGGGAGGCUAGAGGAGAUCUCUCUCUCUCUCUCUCUCUCUCUCUCUCUCUCUCUCUCUCUCUCUCUCUCUCCCCUCCGCAGACCUCGUGUAGUUGUCGCGCGAGUUGCACCACUGGAGACUAAAACUAGAAGAAGACCAGAGGAGAACGAGACUUAUAUUUUUCAUUUUUCAUUGCCCUAAGACUAUUGUGUGCGUGUGUGUGUGUGUGUGUGACUUAGGAGAAAAAGUGGUGUCGGGUGGAUGAGUUGCGUGGAUGUUAUUUCCUGGAUGUUCUCCCCGGGCUGUUCCGCGUCGCGGCCCCGAGAAGGCAACAGUGUGCGGGAAAGUAGAUGUGCGCGUUAAACGGAUGUCUUCAACGAGGAUAACACGCUGGAUGCUUGGGUGAAGCGCGCUGGUGAAGAUGGUUGGAGCGCACCUAAUGGGCCGAUUGUCGAGGGGCCGGGUCAAAUGCCGGAGCCUGGUGGGAACGGGAGUCCUUUAUCUGCUGCUGCUGCUGCUGUCCACCUGUCUCAGCCAGGAUACAGAAGACUGGCAAUAUGAGGAAUGUAAACUGUCCCGCUCGGGUCCUCCUGCUACCAUCGUGGCCAUAGAUGAAGAAAGCCCCAACGGAACGCUGUUGGUGGAAAACAUGCAGAUAAAUGGCGUGGCCGAGGGUCCGGGGAGAACCAUCUCUCUGUCGCUGAGGGAUAACCACGACUACUGGGUGAUCCUUGACCCGUCCAAGCAAGCCCUUUACCUCAACAGCACCGGACGUGUUCUGGACCGAGACCCGCCCUCGUACAUCCACUCCAUCGUGGUUCAGGUGCAGUGCACCAACGAGCUGGUCGGCACGGUUAUUUUGCACGAAGUCCGCAUCGUCGUCCGAGACCGCAACGACAACGCGCCGUAUUUCCAACAGCCGCGAUACUACGUCGCCGUCAACGAGCUGACGCCAGUGGGAACCACCAUCUUCUCCGGUUUCUCGGCGAACAACGGGGCCAAAGACAUCGACGACGGUCCCAAUGGACAGAUAGAGUACACCAUCCAGUACAACCCCGAGGACCCGACAACCAACAGAACGUUUGACAUCCCUCUGACACUAUUUGGCUCAGUAGUUCUCAAAGAAAGACUCAACUACGAGGAGACCACACGCUACCUGGUCAUCAUACAGGCCAAUGACCGAGCCCCCUAUCCCAGCGAGCGCCGCACGGCCACCACCACCCUCACCGUGGACGUACUGGACGGGGAUGACUUGGGCCCCAUGUUCCUACCAUGCACCCUCGUGGGACACACCCGGGACUGCAGUCCCAUCACAUACAGGGCCAAUGUACUGGAGCUAACCCAACCGAAUAAGGUGAAUCCUGUCAAUGUGACUCCGCCCAUUCAAGCCGUGGACCAAGACAGAAACCUACAACCCCCCUCCGAUCGGCCGGGGGUUUUAUACUCCUUCCUCAUCGGAAAACCAGAGUCCUAUGCAGAAUACUUCAGCUUGAACGUGACCACGGCGGAGCUGCUGUUACUGAAGCCCAUCGAUAGAGAACUCCACCGCAGAUUUGAUCUGGUUAUCAAGGCAGAGCAGGACAACGGACACCCCUUGCCAGCUUUUGCCAACCUCCAGAUCGAAGUCCUGGAUGAGAACAACCAGGCGCCCUACUUCCUGGAGGCUAGUUACCAUGGCUACGUCAGUGAAGCAUCACCAGUGGGGACCACCAUAGCGACCAACGCCAGCCUCUCUUCACCGCUGGCCAUCGUUGCUCUGGAUAACGACGUGGAGGAGACGAGGGACCCUCAACUCCAGUUCUCAUUGGACACCUACGCUGAUGUUUUCUCCGUGUCCGCCAGCGGAAUCAGACGAUAUCUCACCCUGGUGCAGCCGCUGGACAGAGAGACACAGGACUCCUACACACUCACGCUUUCAGCAUCGGAUGGAGUCCAGCAGAGCAUUCCGGUUACCGUGACAAUAACGGUGAUGGACGCUAACGACAACACUCCAACCUUUGCUAAUGUCUCUUAUAAUGUCAACCUCUUUACUGAUAUGAUGCCUGGAGAAACUGUGUUGCAGUUGGCAGCAAUUGACUCGGAUGCAGGACCCAACGGUCAGGUCUCCUACCGGAUCUUAGCUGGCGACCAGGGACAUUUCCUUAUUGGCAAAAGCACCGGGGUCAUUACCGCCGCGCCCGGCGUGGAGCUCGCCGUUGGGCGGAGUUACGCUUUGACUGUGGAAGGCAUGGACAACGGGCCCGUGGCCCAGAGGAGAUCCUCCAUCACCACGGUCUAUAUCGAAGUUUUGCCCCCAAACAACCAGAGCCCCCCACGUUUCCCCCGACAGCAAUACGAUCUGGAGAUCAGCGAAGCCAUGAGGACCGGAGCGACGCUGCUCAAUCUGCAGGCGGUGGAUCGGGAGAGUGAUCACAUCACAUACAAAAUCCUCAGAGGAGACGCCUUCGGACAUUUUGCUCUGCAGCAGAAUUCAGGGUAUUUGGUGCUGGACAAGCCCCUGGACAGGGAGUCCGUGGAUCACUAUUCACUGGUGGUCACGGCCUCCGACGGACACCCAGACGGGACCUCCACUGUGACGGUGAGCGUCGUGGUGACCGAUGUCAACGACAACGACCCGCUGUUCGAUCCUUCGCUGCCGGUGAACCUCACCGUCGUGGAGGAGCGGGACCACGCCUACGUUGGACGAGUCCAGGCGACGGACCCGGAUCUCGGGGCCAGCGGUCAGGUGCAUUACCGGCUCGUCAACCACCCGGCGCUGUUCAGCAUCAACGCCACGGGCGCGAUCGCGACCACGGCGCCGCUGGACAGAGAGGUGAAAGGUCACUACCAUCUGAUCGUCGAGGCCUGGGACGGCGCUGUGGACCCCCGGCGGUCCAGGUUGACGCUGUCCGUCGGCGUCCUGGACGUAGACGAUAACAGCCCGGUGUUCACCCAGCAAACGUACAACGUCAGCCUGCCGGAGAACAGCCCCGAAGACACGGUCAUAUUGCAGCUAAAGGCGACAGACGCCGACCUCGGCGCCAACCUCACAUAUCAAAUCCGGACGCGGGGCUCGGACCAGGGGAUCGUCGGCCUGUUUCGCGUGGACCCGGCGACGGGAGCGCUGUCGGUCCUCAGAGUGCUGGACUACGAGGCUCUGGGUGAAUCCGAGCGCGCGUACACCUUCACGGUGGAGGCGGCGGACGCGGGGGGAAGCAUGCCCCCCGGACUCGCCUCUGUUACCGUCACCAUCACGGACAUGAAUGACUUUUCUCCGGCAUUCAGCCAGUCAGUGUACCGAGGCCUGGUUGCCCCCAAUGCUUUCAAGGGAACCAUCGUAACCACGGUGACGGCCAAUGACUCUGACCCCGCGGGAACCCCAGCAGGUCUGGUGCGCUACAAAGUCAACCAGGAGGCCUUUUCCUACUCGGCCAGUAUAUUCGACGUGGAGGAAAAGACGGGAAACGUUGUAACCAGAGUUAACCUCAACGAAGAGCCCAACCUCAAGUUCAGCCUGGUGGUGGUGGCCUACGAUGAUGGCGAGCCAGUAAAGGAAAACACUACUCUGGUAGAGAUCACGGUCCUUCAGCCCUCUGUCAUCCCCGUGUUCACUCAGGAAGAAUACAGGUUCCCGCGAGUGAGCGAGGAGGCUGCCGUUGGAACCGCGGUGGGGACCAUCAUGGCGGCUGCUGUCAAUCAAACUAUCGUCUACUCCAUCAUCGAAGGCAACCAGGGAGGCGAGUUUGAAUUGAAUGAAACGACAGGAGUGAUCUCCACAGCCAAGCCGCUGGACUACGAGGCCAACUCCUCCCACGUCCUGCGGGUGGAGGCGGACUCCAUGAGGGUGGUGUCCUCUAACCUCCGGGUUCCCUCCAAGACCAACACGGCAAAGGUGGUGAUCGACAUCCACGAUGAGAACGACCACCCGCCGGUUUUCACCAGAUCGCUCUACAUCGGAGGGGUCACGGAGGACGCUAAAACCUUCACCUCCAUCUUGAAAAUACAGGCCCUGGACAAAGACACCGGUAACUACAGUUCCAUGAUGUACCGGCUAAUCAUCGCCCCUCCCGCUGGUAAAGACACCAAAGAUGGAAAAGAUGGAUUCAUCAUCGAACCUUUCAGCGGCGUGGUGAAGACGGCGAUCAUGUACCGCAACAUGAGGCGGUCGUAUUUUAAGUUUGAGGUGGUUGCCACGGACAACUACGGUCAAGGACACAGCAGCAAGGCGGAGAUAGUGGUGUCAGUCGUGAACCAGCUGGACAUGCAGGUGGUUGUAUCAAACGUCCCUCCUACUUACGUGGAGAAAAACAAAGACAAGCUCCUGAGUAUUUUGGAGCGCUACGUCCAGGAGCAGAUUCCGGGAGCCAAGGUUGUCGUGGAAACCAUCGGGCCCCAUCGCCAUGCCGAUGGAACGGAGCAGGAGGACUACACCAAGUCGGACCUCAUGAUUUACGCCAUCGACCCGCUGACAAAUAGGGCCGUUUCCAGGCAGGAGCUCUACAAGUUUCUCGACGGUAAACUCCUGGAUAUCAACAAGGAGUUCCAGCCCUUCCUUCCUCCUGGAGGACGGAUCCUGGAGAUCCGGACCCCCGAAGUGGUGACCAGUGUGAGGAAAGCUGUGCAGGCUGUCGGCUACACGGAGGGGGCACUGUUGGCGCUGGCAGUUAUUAUCAUUAUCUGCUGUGUUCCCGCCAUACUGGUUGUCAUUAUCACCUACAAACAAUUCAAAGAGCGCCAAGCAGAGUGUGCCAAAACAGCCCGUAUCCAGAUGGCACUGCCGACAGGCAAACCCGCGGGGGGGACCGCCAACAACCUGUACGAGGAGCUGGGUGACAACGCCAUACAAAACCGGUCAAACCACGCUGGCGGGAACGGCGGCAGCUCGGACGAGAGCGACCGCCAGCGUCUGCUCUCGGACUUCGCCACCCGAGCGAUCGCUGCCCACCGCCAGUGCGUCGCCAACGGGGGCGUUCUCAAUAACCGGCCAAAGUCUGAAUCCAACAUAACCUUCCUUUCUGACGAAAACCCCCUGACCAUCAAAAACCCCAUCUACCACGAGGACGGGACUUUGAGCAGCCCGGCAACUCUCGGCAGAAGCCAGAGGAGGAGAGACCUGCUGGGCAGUUUCUCCCCGUGCAGGAAGGGCAUUCGAGAGGCCUGGCUCAGGCUCAGCUCCCCCGGGGGAGACGGGGGUCUCGGGGGGUACAGUGGCAGUGACAGCGGAUGGGGAUCCGGAGGUGGACACAGCUGGACUCUCCCGUCCAGGUUGCAUCGGAGAGACGCGUACGACACUUUAAGGCGGCAGGUGGUUAUGGACCCCGUCCAGUGGGAGCUGGAGCUUCUGAAGGCCGAGUUUAGGGAGAGCAAAGACGCGGGCCUGGAUUCAGGAUUCGACCGCGGGUUGGAUUCAGACUUCAUGGGAAGCCCGAGUCUGGAGCCCAAGCUGACGGUCAAAGAACAAGCCAGACAAUUUGAGCAACAGGCGCUGCAGGAAAUGAGGCAAAGGCAAAGCGUCGAGUCGCGGGGAUCUUUGUCGCCUGACAUCGUCCUCUCUAUUUACCCGGAGUCUCCUCCGCAUCACAAGCAAACCCCCCCCCACAGCGCUCCGGCCAAAGAAGGUCCUCCGAGCAUCAUCGUCACCCAGAGCGACGGCGGGACGCCGCCGCCGAGUCACAAGCCGACUCCUCCGGUACUGCGGCGCUUCGGGGCCAAUUUAACCACGAAGCAGGGCACGCGAGAAAGCCUUCAGGUCCACUUCGACUUCAUCCCUGAUCCUCCGUCAACCCCCCCGCCGCCGCCUCCCUCCCCGCCGCCUCCUCCGCCCACAUCUGCUCCUCUAUCCCCAUCAUCGCCUCCUCCACGCCACCCUUCCUCCCCGCCGCCUCCACCUCCCGCUUUUCUCACUCCACCGGCACAGGGAGGGGAGACUCCCCCUCCCCCUCCCCCGCCUCCUCCACUUCCUCCCCCUCCUCCGCCUCCCCCUCUGCCUCCCCCCUUGUCGCCCUCGCUCCUGCGUCCGUCCACCUUUGUCCUGCCGUCGCUCUCGGAGGCACCGGCCCUGCGGCCCGUGUCCCUCCGGCCGCCGCCGCCGCCGCUCCUCCCCGCGGAGCCCGACGCUCCCCGAAAGGAGCUGAAAGGGAUCUUGAAGAACAUCCAGAACAUCGCGGACAUCGAGAAGUCGGUGGCCAACAUGUUCAGCCAGAUAGACCGCAAGCAGAUGCCCCUCAAAACGGGGAUGAGGGCCAGAGGCUCCAUAGAUUCUCUCGACUCCUUGGAUGCAUUUGCGGUAGCGGCGGAGGGGGGAGGCGAGGGGGGAGAGGGAGGUAGAGAAGGAGUGGGAGGCGAAGGGGAGGAUCCUCCGCCUCCACCUCCGCAGAAUCAACCCAAGCCGAACAUGAACUCCAUCGUGGAGGAGCUCGAGAAACGCUUCCCCUCUCAGCCUUCAAUGCUCUAGCCUUGGCCUUUAUGAUGUGGAAAGCACACAGAGGAGGUGGGGGGGGAGGAGGUGGGGGAGGGGGUCUUAACAUGGUUGCGUAGGUGCCGCCGAGUCGUCAAGGGACGCUCAAAAUAGCUCAUUGGCUGGCGGUGAUGACACGGUGAUCCCAUAACACGCUGCAGCGGUGCUCCUCCGGACUUCACUUCCUGUUUUCCACGCCAGGAAAAAAAAUACUUGGCUCGGUAUAAAUUCUGUGGGUAGAAGAAAGUUUCUCCUCAUUAAUGUUCUUAUUGUGAACAGAAACGGAGUAGGAGGAGGUGAAAGUGUGGUCACAUCCCGCAUAGCCCUGAAGGAUCGGGUGGAGUAACAGCUGGAACGGGCUUCCCGCCCUCGGUUAUUGUGUUACUACUUUACUUCCCUUUGACUGGAAGGAUGAGGAGGUCCUUUUAAAUCGGACAUUGAACCUGGCGUACAAAAUGGAAUUCAAGCAGUACUUCUUUAAAUGCAUCUGCUGCUGCCAUUAUGUAAUUUUUUCACUUAAACAACAUUUCUAAGACCUGUUUUUAUUUUAGUUUGUGGGCAAUCGGCUUCAAUAGCUGCAGAUGGAGCUGCUGAGCUGAUAUAGUGACUCAAGGUAGCAAAAGGCCUCCUGGGUGACUUUCAUCCUGACUAGUUGAUUCUAGAUGUAGGAAAUCCAACUUGGAUUGAAGGAUCCUUUUAAUGAAUUCCUUUUUUAGCGUGCAUAGUAUUUCCCUGUUAGAGGGCUACAACCCGUGAAAUCAUCGGUGUCACGUUCUGUUUUAUACUCUGUUUCAUCAAUACUUUAAUACCUUGUAACCUGAUGCUGAAACACAAACACCGUUAUGCAUCCAUCUGUUUCUGUCUUUCCAUCUUUGUUUUAUUUGAUCCCAGCUCACAACGCUGUAUCCUAGAAACUACAUUGUACUACUAGAGCGUUUUUCCAUUCACAUUUGAUUUUGUUUUAUGAAUAAAAGGCUACAUUGAGUUGUUGCAUAGCGGUAGAAAAAAUGAUAGUUUUUUUUCUAUGGGUUUUUUUUGCUUCUUUUACCAAAAGUUUUUUCUCAUUAAAAGUCUUUUUCAGUGUCUUGGGGUGAUAAUUAUUCUAAAAAUGCAAAAAAAAAAAACUUUCCUGUCAAUAAAAAUGCGGCGCUGACGCCGGGUAUCAAAGAUUUGAUUUGGCGAUCAUUGUCCCUUAAAAUGAACUGACUAAUGUUAAAUGUUCCACCGACGCCACAAAAAAGAUGUUUUUAACGAAGGUCACAAACCCACUGCAGUCCACUCAUCCAAAAACAAUACACUAAAAUUAACUUAACACAAAAUAUCCCCUCUGUAAGCUUUUGUUGCUCUUUAGCACUACGGCGCAGAAUUCCUCACGUGUCAGAUGUCAACAUCCUUUACGAGUUUAAUAAAACGACUCGUGAAAAUGUCGAUCAAGCAGA